AAUUUACCUUUUGCAAUCUUUUUAUAGCUGCCAUUUUGAAAAUAGAGUCUUCUGAAGGCAGUAAAAUUCGUCAAGUUCACCAAUGACCAGUGUUGCCAAUUGUUAGAAUUUUAUUCAUUAAACGGAAAUUUCAGGUUUACAUUGGAAAAGUUUUUGUGUAAAAUUUGAAUAUUUUAAAUAUAUUUUUUAUUAUCCAAUCACUGAUCGCAUUGAAUAAUCUCACAUUUCUCUAUCUAGAUUUCAUGUAUUCAAUGACAUUCGAUAUCUGCCUUUAUUUGUAUCAUGAAGCAUUACCAUUUCGCGCGCCGAAGUAUGAUUUCCUUUCUAAGGUUAUAUAUAAAUCGGAAGCAAAUAUAUAAGAUUUAUUCAUGAAGGUUUUAAAGUGAACAAGAAAAAAGCGAGACUUUGUUAUAAAUUAUUAUAACAUUAUUAAUCAUCGAUAUAUUUAUAUAUAUAUAUAAAGCUAAUCAACAGUUUACUUCAAAACUAAUUAACGUUCAAAUUUCUGUUGAAAUCAUGGCUGCCAGUUAAAUGUGCGGCAAUUUUCGUUCACGCUGUAAUACCGGCAUUUCAAUAUCUUUAAAAACGUUAAUAUUCUGUUAAAGUUAUAUGUGGUGUUAUUUAAAAUUAAGUUUUAGUUUAUAAAUCGAUUUAUAUAAAUUGCCAAGAUGUCAGAAGAAGAAACAAGUACAGAAGAUAUCUGGACACCAUAUAAGGAAUUACAAAAUCUUGUAGUUCGAUCGAUCACAUUAGCACCUAGUAUGCAUGACCCUCAAUACCAUGAAUUUAUAGAAGCAUUGAGAAACCAUAGACAAAAUUUUUUUACACUUUUAAAAAAUCCUCCAAAAAAUAUUAAUAGUCGCAAUGAAAUUAAAAAAGGUGUGACGGAUGGUAUAACAUUACCUGGGCUAGGACAUCAAAUAUUGUCGAAAGAGUUGGUGGAUGAAACUUUAAUUAUAUCAGAUAUGUAUGAUUUGAAUGAAUUCAUGGCCCUAGAUCUUUUAUGUACUGCCCAACUUCAAAUGCCACACUACCCUGGAUUAACCAGAGGUUUAACCGCUGUACUUUUAUACUAUGAUGGAAGAAAAGCAUUGACUACAACUUUGAAGACCUUAGUGCAAGCUAGAAUGGGACAUAGCUGGGCCCUUGAUGCACCACUAACUCUUACAAAAUAUAUUACUGAAUAUACUAAUAAAUUACAAGAAGAUGGUUUAUUGGAUAGAAUUAUAACUUUAUUAGAAGAUAUGGAUCCUAUACAGGAACAAGAUCUUCUACAACAAAAUAGAGCAUUGGGAGGAGCAAAGCAUCAUCGUAUGGUUAUGAAACUUUAUAAUGAUACUAGACAAGAUUUAGCAGAUAUUUUGUAUUUAUGGUCUGCUCAAUCAUCUCUACCAAAACCUAUUUUCUUUCGUUUAUUAUCGCUAUUACAAACACGCCAAGUUGAAUCUGAAGCUGGAGAAGGUGGUCCUGAUAAAGUUACAUUGGCUCUCAUUAUGGCCAUAUUAUAUGCUGUAAAUCUUAGUCCACUUAAUAAUCGAGAAAAUGGUGAAGGUAUUAAAACAUAUUCAUUUUUUAAUUUGUUUGGUAAUAUAAAAUUUGUUUCAAUGAUAUUCUAUUUAAAUUUUGUUUCAGAUAUAAUUAACUCUAUUCCCUUGAUCACAGAGAGAGGAGCGUUAGAUGAUAUAAAACAAAAAGUAAUGUCUAAUAGUAUAACUUGGGAAAGUACAGGAUUGCGUGGACUUGUACAAUUUGCUUUAGCAGUUGCCAUAGCAACAUUGAAAACUAUCAGUAAUACGUAUCAACCACAGCAUAUUACAAAUGACGAUGAAAUUUUAGUGGAAACGGCUUUAUCUAAUAAAGUUUUCCACUUUAUGGCCGAAAUUUUAUUAAAAAGUACUUGUAUACACUAUGAGGAAUUUUACAUGCGUUAUUUUCACACUCUUCUUUCUGAUUUUAUAUUAUUAAUGCCUCUGAAAAUUAAGGAAUUGAGAAGUCGAGCAGAUGAAUCAAUGCGUCUGGUACAAGCAUAUCAGCAAGAAGGUGUAGAACCACCAAUGAAUUUAGACAAUCACUUUGAGUUUCUCAUGUUGACAGUAGCGGAGUUAUACAAAAAAGAUCCGUUAAAAUUAAAUUUAGCUAUGGAUUACUGGUGCCAACAUUCAGAGUCAACGCACGUUUCUGCUUCCGUACAUAUUGGACGAUUACCUCCUAGACAAGUUGCUUUAUUUAAAUUUAUACGAUUAGCUGGAGAAAUACUUCCUGCUGGUCUUUUUGUAUCCUACCUCAAAAUGAUCGCAUCCCUUGCUUCGUCACCUCCAGCUGCACGCCAAGCAUUUAAUUUUCUUAAACCAAAUGGAUCUUCCACUUCAACAACAAUUUCCUGGGAUCACUUCUUUAAUUCUUUAAAUCGCUAUUAUUACAACUUACGACAAGAAUUACCACCAAGUCAAGAUACAGUAUAUAGACAAAGAAGUCAUCCAAAAGGUAUUACACCUCACGAAGUUAAAGGAUUAGAGGCUGUACUUAAAGUCGUACAAAUAAUUGCAAAAUAUGAUGAAAUGUCUAGAGUAGCAAUAUGCGAUCAUCCAAAUUGGAAAGUACUUCAGUCUUUAAUAGGGUUGGUAAGCUGUGCGAUGCCAAUUCCAUUAAAAGGCGUUUUAGUAAGAACUCUUGCUGCAUUAGCAAGAUCACCAGAGAGUUCUUCUACAGUUUGGCAAAGUUUAGAAGCCGCACAAAUUCUUUCGACUAUACCAACAACUAGUAGCUAUCAACCACGAGGAGUACAAACAGAAUUGGAAGAAAUUGAAUCAAGGAACGAAGAAUAUCCUUUGACUCGAGCGAUGUUAAAACUCUUAGAUAUCUUAACAGAUUAUCCAAUUCCACGUCUUUUGGGAGUUGGACAACGAAAUCCAGGCUUUGAUCCUUAUCUACAUUUUCUCAUUAAUAUAGUUUUUUUAAGAUUCCAUACACGCUCGUAUAAAAAUGCUGCAGAGAAAUGGAAAGUUGCGAAUGGAUGUUUGAAAAUAUUCUCUAAAUUAAUUAAACAAUACGAGCCAUCUUUAGAAGAUUUUAUGGGAUGUAAAGUUGAAUUACAAGGUGGUGAUUUGACUGUCAUUAAUUCCGCUCCUGGAUAUCAUUUAAUGACGCAAUUACAUUCUACUAAUUCCGAGUUACUUCAUGUCAUACUCUAUAUUCUGGAUGAAGGAUAUCACCAGUUUGAUACAUACGAUAUUUUCCCUGGAAAGAAAUAUCUUGAAUGUAGUACACUAUGUUGUUUGGAAAUAUUGGAUCGGACAUUGAAAACACAACAUCAAUACAUGACACAGUUAGCAUCGGCAACCAGUAUAAAUAAAAUCGUAACUGGACUUUCGCGUUUAUUGCUGGGAGUAAAUAUGCGUACUGGAAAGCCUGAUCACAUGAUAAAUAUUGUUAAUUAUGUCUCUUAUAAUUCAUGGCUACCACGACAUUCCUUUGUCGCAGUUGGCGUUGUUCAAAGUGUUGCCAAUGAACCAGGUGCAGAUUUAGAAUUGUUGUCGACAUUUACAGCAACUAAUUCAUUGGCAACGAAUAUUAGACACGGUUUCGUUGAGUGUUUAGAUAUGGAUUAUACUCCUGUAGAUGAAGAUGACAUAAACAAUGAUGAGAGAGCAGAUGUGGAAAAUUGCAAAGAAAGAAUUUUAUUAUUAAUGAUGCAGAGUAUUACACGACCUGUACCUAAUCUUGCUCAUUAUUUGUUAGGAUUUGAGAUCACUAAGGACAUUCGAAAAACAAUUAUUCAACAACCUGGAAUUUUAGGCUUCCCACGAACUUGCUUGCAUUCUGUUUUGGGUGUCUUGGAACAAUCCUUGGAUAAUGGCCGUGAUAAAAUUACAGAAAUGUGUUACUGUUAUUUACACACAUUAGCGGCGAAUAAUAAGACAUCAGUACCAAUUUUAAGAUUUUUACGAACUGCAACAAAUCAAGAUUUUGUACAAAGGCACCUAUCAAAAUUACCUUUCCAAGGUUCAAAUAAAGCAAUCGAACUUGGCUGUAUGUCGUGGCUAUUAAAAAUAGUAGCGAUAGAACUACGAGUCUCUGGUGGAAGCUUACAAAGUUCGCUCGUUCAGCGCUUAGUUGGAAGCUUUAGUCAAGAGAAAGAACAAAGUGCACCAUCACAAAAACUUCUUAUGGAUCUUCUACAUUAUAUCGACUUUCAACUAUACUUAGAACCUCCUAAGUCAUGGGAAUUCUUCGAUCCUUCGCAAAUUGAAAUGGUAUUUGGUCGUUGUAGCGUUCCAUCGUCUUUGAUGGGAGGACCUCGACUUAUCGACGUUAGAAAAUUACAUUCUCUUAUCGUAGAUGAAUUAACGGUUACACAAAAUAGUGCAACAGUAACUCAAAGGAAACUUAUGCAACAAGAAUUGCAAUCGAUACUUGCUCAUGCCUUGAAGAAAAAUCAAACCAAACUUUUAUCAUACGCUACGGUAAAAUUUGUAGAAGGCUGGUGCCAAACAACAGAAAUACUAUUUUCCGUAGCGUCGAAUUUACAACUUCCUGCGGCUCAAAGACAAAGUCUUCUUCUGAACUUAUCACAUGAUUUACUACAAAAAAUGACAUCGUGCGAAGCACUCAGUGAGAUAAAAACACUUGUAUCUGGAACAGUUUUGAUGUUACUUGUCAACUUGCGAAAUUAUUUUGCGAUGCAAUCGAACCAAGAAUUACUUCCAACAUCACCUUCGAAUACGACAAUGAUGAAAAUAAUUCUUAGCCAUGUACUAGAAUGGAUUUUAAGCGCAAGUGCAUCGUCGCAAAAAGUUCUAACGCAUCUUUACGCGGCACUUCUAAAUUUCCUUUGUGUCAUAGGCUUAGAAAAAUCAGAGAGUGCAUCUGUUAUGGAUACGAUGUAUGUUAGUCAAUUAGACAGUUCAUUCAAUCGAUCCAUGCCAGUGCAGAAGCGUUCGCACUGUUACGCCACGAUACAAGUUAUCAAUAGUUUUGGCAAUCAAUUGAUGGAUGUUUUAUGUCACAAUUGUUCCGGUGGUCAUGAUGUGUGUAAAAUGUUAGCACUCUCUUGUUUAGACAAGAUCUUAGAAUUGGAUUACGAUAAUUCUUGGAUGAUUUAUUUAUCUAGUCGAGGAUAUUUAAAGCAUAUGAUAGACAGUCUUUUACAAUCCGAUAAUUUAUUAAGGCAUAUGCUUCAACCAGAGCCUGAAACAUUAAGACCUUUGUAUUUAUAUGAAGCAAAAUUAGCAACGUUUUGUAGAAUGGCCUCGACGAGAUUAGGUGCUGAAAGUCUUUUAAAAACUAAAGUUUUAUCCUGUAUGUCAAGUAUGUGCGUUUUUGAUCAACAUCCGGAUGUUCAUAUGAAUGUUGAAGGAAUUGAUUCUUCUUUCGUACCCUCAAUCGGGCAACGUUAUCAACAAAUUUUUUUGCCUGCUUUAUAUUUAUGCGGUGCUUUGUUGACUACUUUAGGAACUGAAAAUCAAUCUUGUGCUAUACAAGUCUGUAGCUUUCUUCAAAGUCAUCGAGAUACAGUUGAAAUGAUAUUAAGAAACGCUUUUUCUAAGGCAAAUACUCUAUUUUUAAAAGAAAUUGCCUGUCUGACUGGUGUCGUAUCCAGAUCUGCUAAUAUCGAUAUGUAUAAAUUAGUGGACGAGGGGCUAACGAUAUCCGAUGUUGGUGAUAAUAUAAUAGAGGAUGAUAAUGGAAUGAGAGAAUUACGUGCUCAUCUCUAUAGAUUACAAAAAUUAAUGCUCUCAUUACUUCACAAAUUCCAAUUACAACCAACACCUAUACAUUUGGAUUAUCAAAAAACAAAUGUAGAUCAACAACAAAUGUCUUGUAUAGAAAUAGUUGCGAAUGUUCUUUUGUAUGCUCGUAACCAGAUGCAGCAUAGUACCAUGGACCAGAAAGUAAGGAAUGUUCUUUUCGAACCUUGUUUAUCGCCGAAACCAGGCACAAGAGAAGGUAGAACUAAAGAUAUAUCUAGUGAAGUUCAUUUAGGAUUGAUCGUUGAACAACUUACAUCUACAACCGCAUUAUUACAUAAUGAACUGCCACAUGUCGAUUCUCUGAUCAAAAAAACGGCUAUGAUAUCGGACAUGACUGCGGCAGAAUUAAAAAAAUAUAUGUCUGAUGAAGAAGCAGAAUUAGACAUAGAUAAACAGCGCAUUGUGCUAGAGCAACGAUUGAAUCAACGACUGAAGGAAAAACGUCAAAGUAUAAAAUAUUGUUGCCUUAUAAUAGAACACAGUUUAUAUUUACUUUGGAGUCAUUUAGAUUUCUACACAAUGCAAAUAAUGUCAGGACAUCAGAGAAUGCAAGUAUCCACAGGAAACAUAAUUGAUAAUAUAUUGGAAAAAAAGAUAUCACCAGAAAUUUUAACCGAAUUAAAACAAGGACUUAUCUCUAUAUUUACUGAUAGUUUCAUUACUCAAUUAAUCGAUACAUAUAAUGAAUAUACAACAGUAGAUCGUAAUUUUAUAGAGGCUCUCGUUAGGAGGGUCAAAAGAUUGUUACAAUUCAUAAUUAUAACGUAACUGUAUUUAUAGAAUAUGUGUAUAUUAUUUUUAUUUUAAAUACACAUCUCUUUCUAUACUGUUUCA